GGCUGGCGAGCAUUGGUCAUAUAAGACAGACAAAAAUCAUUGGAUUAAAGGCUUCCUUAAAGGGGAAGCUUAGUAGCACACCAAGUUGAUUUCCAUUAGAAAGGUUUAGUCAGUUUUUGACAUGUUCGAUUUCCGCUUUUUGAUCUCUUGAAGUCACAAUAAAUCCCGCCUUUCUUAUUUUCGAUGAACCCUGGAUCCCAGAAAAGCUAAAUUGUCAUUCUACCUUUCCUCUUUUCUACUUGAAUACAAGGCUCUUUCUUUUUCCUUAUAUAUCAGGAAAUUCUAGCGUCUAUUUUUUUUUUGGCUGUAGAAAACUUCUGUACAUAGUCCAACUUUACACAUCUCAAAUCUAACGAAUAAUGGUACGCUCUUCACAAGAUCAUUUCAGAGAUCCUUGCCCUUGGGUUAUCCUGAACGAUUUGGGUGGUGCCUUUGUUAUGGGUGCUGUUGGUGGUGGUAUUUGGCAUUCAGUGAAAGGAGCCAAGAAUUCACCUAGAGGUGAACGUCUAACAGGUGCUGUCUCUGCUAUGAAAGCUCGUGCACCAGUGUUAGGUGGUAAUUUUGCAGUAUGGGGUGGAUUAUUCUCAACGUUCGACUGUGGUCUGAAAGGUAUUCGACAGAAAGAAGAUCCUUGGAAUUCAAUCAUCUCAGGUGGUUUAACAGGUGGUGUUUUAGCCGCCCGUGGUGGUGUUAAAGCUGCGGCUGUAUCUGCUGUUGUUGGUGGUGCUCUUCUUGCACUUAUUGAAGGUGUUGGUAUUGGUAUUUCUAGAAUGACAGCUGAUCAGAACAAACCUGUCAUGCCUCAGCUUUAAGCGCGACAACCGUAUGAAUAAGAGGAUCUUUUUUUGACUUCGGUUCGAUUUACAUGUUUGCACACUCACACCCACGCUCUAUAUACACAAAAGCACGGAUACACACCUUAUACAGAUCCACAGCAACCGCUCAUAUACUUUGUUUAUUUUCUUUAGAUCUCUCUAUUCUCAAGGAUUAUUCACCAAAAAUUUCAUGUUACUCCUUGUGUAUAUAUAUUUAUACUUUUUUAUGUCACCCUUCUCUCUUGUAUGAUUUUUUACUCUUAAUUUCUCUC